GUGUGAGAGAGAGAGAGAGAGAGAGAGAGAGAGAGAGAGAGAGAGAGAGAGAGAGAGAGAGAGAGAGAGAGAGAGAGAGAGAGAGAGAGAGAGAGAGAGAGAGAGAGAGAGAGAAUUUGUAUGCGUGUGUUGGUGUGUGCGUGUGGGUGUGUGCGUGGCCCUGCAUGUGACAAUAGUUCAUUGAGUGAAUUGGGCAAGGGUGAAGAAACAGAAAGUAGCCGUGGUUAAGAGGAGGAACGAAUGAGGACGACAGCGGGGUUACAGCCUGUGAAAUACCACCACCAAAGACAGAGCAUUCAGAGCCUCACUCUUAAUGCAGCCUUCACUUUGACCCUGCGGUGGCUUUCCAAUCAAGAAACAGCUCUUCCUUGGGAUCAACCUUCCUGUACAAACCCACCUCUCCAGCCAUACACGCUCAACAGCGUCACAUCGGUCGAGCACUCACUAUCUCUAUGUCAGAAUGCCUCGUGUGUCGCUCUCCUGCCCCUCUCUCCAACCUCUCAAAGGCCUGUUGAUUACACCUGCCCCAGGCGGCUUACCCUCCCAGCCGAGCACGCUCAGAGACGCAGAUGUCCCGGCGCUGUUCCGGGAGCCCUACAUCCUGUCGGGCUACCGGCCAGUGGGACUUUCCUGGCGCUGCUAUGUCCUGAGCAUCUUCCAAAUGCACAACGAGACGCUGAACGUGUGGAGCCACCUGCUGGCCGGAGUGUGCGUUGCGCUGAGAUUUGGAGCGUUUGCUGUGUUUCGUGGAGGGGGCGUUCUUGGCCUGAGACUACAAGGCCCUGAGGGGCAGGGCCUCUCACUGGACCCAGCCUCCCUCCCCCUGGUGAUCUACGUGUUGUCCUCCCUCACCUACCUGAGCUGCAGCACAGCCACACACCUGCUGCAGUCCCAUUCGGAGCUGGCCCACUACUCCCUGUUCUUCUUGGACUAUGUGGGUGUGGCCGUGUAUCAGUAUGGCUGUGCCCUGGCCCUCUUCUUCUACAGCUCUGCUGCUGACUGGAGACACAGCAAGAUUGGGGAGGUCUUUCUCCCCGCCGCCGCCCUCCUGGCGUGGCUGACCUGCGCCAGCUGCUGCUUUGCCAAGCUGCAUUACCGGCGGCCAUACCCUCUCCAUCGCAAGCUGUUCCAGGUGGUCCCCACAGGUCUGGCCUAUCUCCUGGACAUCAGCCCGGUCGCCCACAGCCUCGCUACCAACAGCUGGGACAGCAACUCGGCAUUCCCCCUGCAUAGCUUACAGAUGCUGCUCUUCAUCCUGGCUGCGUUCUUCUUCUCCUGUCCCGUGCCGGAGCGGUACGCCCCGGGCCAUUUCGACAACGUCGGCCACGGCCAUCAGCUCUUCCACCUGCUGCUGGCCCUCUGCACGCUGGCUCAGCAGGAAGCUCUCUUCCAGGACUUCCUGUCGAGAAGGCCAGCGAUGAUUCGGGAUUUUGGGGAGGGGAGUCUCCUACUGGCCUGUGGCUCCUUCCCUCUGCUGGCUCUUUGCAGUGGCCUGAUAGCCUUCCUCAUGAGAAGGAGAGCUCGCAUGAGACUUUGGAAGGAACAGAGGUAGCACUGAAUAGUCCCACAUCCUUUCGAAGUUUAUUUUUGGACCUAAAUACAGAAAAAAUAAAGAAAUUGCUGAUGAGCAGAUCGAGAGGGAACCGGAUGUUGGUGGUUCAGAUAUCAGACUGGAACAUUGCUGAGGACAUUGGUCAAGAAGUAUUCUGGUCUUACAUAUAUCGCUGGUAUAUCUGUUACAAUAACAACUUUAUUUUCUUCAUCAACAUCAAAGUAGUAUUUUCAAUUCAUGGACAGUUAUGUUGUAUUUAUUCGCCGCUCGGUCCCCUAUUGUUUCUGUAACGUUUUGUUUUUUUUCGAAAAUGCUUAAAAUGUUUGGUGGCAGUACCAAAGUAACAUGAAUUAGUCUUAUUUCUCCUCACCAGAUUAACCUGGACUCAAAAUUCUUUCAUCAUAUUAAUCUCUAAAAUCAGUUGUAUCUUUUU